CCUCCGUAACCACAGCCGCUCGAUAAAAUCCCCAGCCGUCCUUGGACAUUCUCCCCUCCAUCCCACCCCCACGCCGCUUCCCCUCCUCCGUCCAUCCGCUUUCCGGGGGAUAAUAUAUCUCAUCUCAUCAUCUGAUACUUCGCGUUUUGCCUUCCUGGGUCCCCCCCAUCGCUCACACAGACGAGGAGGACAGGAGGUUGGAGCGUACUAGUGCUGGAGGAGGGAGGCGGGGAGGGGAGCCAUCAGCCAUCACCUCUCCUGGCCCUGUACGUGCCGCUGCCUAUUAUUGUUUCUUCCCCGCGCGGCAAUUCCUGGCCAACACCACCGCCGUCCUAUAUUACCCCUCCUCCUCGUGUGGGGAGUGGGUGUUCCGUCCACGCUUGCAGCAGCCGCGCGGACGGAAGGGGUUGUGUUUUCGUGGGCCAAAUGGCGGAGGUGUGCACCCCUGGCGCCGCCGAGGCGGAGUUGUGGCUCCCCGACGAGUUCUUGGACGAUGAUUUCUUCACCGUGGAGGAGAAGGCGGCGGUUGCGGCCAAGAGCGAGAGCGACGAGGAGGACGGGUUGGAUGGCCUCGCGCGACGCAUGGCCGACCUCCUCGCCGGCGAGGGUGGAAAGGGAACGGGUUCCAAGGUGGAGGUGAUGGCGGGGUCGCCGCAGUCGACGCUGUGCGGGUUGGCGGCUUCCGGGGAGGAUAGCCCCAACGGCGGUGCGUCGCAGUUCAGCUCGCCGCCGUCGUCGCCGCUGGAGCAGCCGCCGACGGACCCUUGGGACGUUCUCUCCGAGGCUGCCGGGCAGGUUGCUCGCCUGCGCAUGAACAGCAUCCCGGUGCCCCAGAAGCCCCAUGCGCAUGCCGGCCAUGGCCGCUUCGUCCCACCUGCGAGAAACCCGUCUCCGCCGGUGCAAGCCCAGAAGACCGCCGGUGCCUUCCAGUUCGCGCCCAACAACAACAUGCUCACCCAACGCCAGGUUCAAGUCGCUCAUUUCCACCUCCUGAAGCAGAGGCAGCUGUUGAAGCAGCAACGGGAGCAGCAGCUCGCCGCGGCAGCAGCGGCGGCGUGGGGAACGCACCGCGCCGGCGUCGGCGUCGGCGCGCCGCUUGGUCUGAACUCCUCCGGCUGGCCACCGCUGCAGAAGGCCCACCAGCAGGCGUCGUCCGCGGCCGGCAUGCGCGCCGUGUUCCUCAGCCCUCCCGGCGGCAAAACGGAACGCACGGGCACCGGCGUGUUCAUCCCCCGCCAGGCCGGCGCCCCCGCCGAGCCCAAGAAAAAGCCAAGCUGCUCCACCGUGCUUCUGCCCGCGCGCGUCGUGCAGGCCCUCAACCUCAACGUCGACGAUCUUGGUGCCCGUCCUUGCUUUCCCGGCGGUUUCGUUCUCGACCACGACGCUCUGGUCAGUCGGAGCAAUGCAAUGCUCACCACCCAGAAGCGGGUGCAGCACCACCUCCACGCGGCCACCGCGGCGCCGCCUACGCUUGCCGCUGCGCGCGAGGUGAAUCUUCCCCAGGAAUGGACAUACUGAGGCGCAGAUUUGCUUCGUUCGUCUGUUCUAAUCCCAGUUUAAUGGAUCAUAUUUAAGAAUUAUUACUGCUACUAUUAUUAGUGCUAGGUAGGUGUUAGGCUAGAAUUAGGAAUGGCAUUGGCAGUAGCAUCAGUGUUAGGUGUUCUUUUGUAUGGUGAUAUAUUGGUUAUUUUGGAAGGUGGGUGAUGGAUGCAGAUCAACAGAUGAGAAAUACAUGGCUUCCGUAGGUUGUUCAGGGUAUUGACGGUGAUAUAUCCAAUAAUAAGUGUUCUUUUGGAGAAUUGAAUGGAACUCCAUCCGUCCCAUAAUAUAAGAGAUUUUAAGUUUUCAUUUGCAAAUAUUUGAUCACUCGUUUUAUUAAAAAAAUUUUGAAAUUAUUAUUUAUUUUAUUAUCUAUAGUACUUUAAGCAUAACUUUUUGUUUUUUAUAUUUGCGAAAAAAAAUUAAAUAAGACGAGUGGUCAAACGUUGUAAGCAAAAACUCUCAAAAUCUCUUAUAUUGUGGGACGGAGGGAGUACUAUGCUAGUUAGCUCUAUGCCAGUUAGCUCUAGUCGUAUGAUGAUUGGAAGAAAUCAUCAGAUGUUUGAAAAGUUGUAAGAAAGAAAUAAUAAGAGCUUCAGAUUUCCUUUAA